AUAUUAUAAUUAUAAUAAUAUAAAUAAAUUCCCUCUUUUGGCUCUCGUCGUACGAUUGAUUGGCCAGACCCGCCCAGAGUAAAUAACAAAACCCCACAUGAACAAAAACCAGUUCGUCUUUCUCCUUUCCCUCGUCCUUCCCUUUUCCUUCCUCUUCAUCGUCUCUCGCGUCCUCACCGCUAGUCUCGAAAAGGCCGGAUUUCAUUUCUCUGAUCUCAUUCUCAUCGGACUUCCCAAAGACCCAAACCAUCCAGAAAUGGGCUCUUACUCAUUUUCCGACUUUAGAUCUCAGCUGAGCGCUGUCGAUUUGCCGUUGCUGGGCACUGUCGACUUGCUCUCAUCUACUGCGCUCAUCACCGCUGCUGUUGUCGUUGGAGGUUUCGUCCUCAUGGCCCUCUUCCCCAAGGGCAGGUCCAAGGUACUCGACCCCACCACCUGGCAAGAGUUUCCCCUCGUAAAAAAGACCCAGGUGUCGCCCAACACAGCAAUUUACCGAUUCAGCCUGCCCCACCCCAGUGACAUUCUCGGUCUCCCCAUUGGCCAGCACAUCUCCAUCUCUGCCGAGAUCAACGGCAAGGACAUUAUGCGGUCCUAUACUCCCGUCUCGUCUGAUGAUGACCGUGGCCACUUUGAACUCCUCAUCAAGUCGUACGAAAAGGGUAACAUCUCCCGUCAUUUCGCGACUCUCAAACUCGGCGAUACCAUCCGUGUCAAGGGUCCCAAGGGUCAGUUCACCUAUACCCCAGACCUCGUCGCCCACAUUGGCAUGAUCGCUGGCGGUACCGGUAUCACCCCAAUGAUCCAGAUCAUUCGCGCCGCCCUCAAGAACCCCGCAGAUCGUACCGUUCUUUCACUUAUCUAUGCCAACGUCAACCAUGAAGAUAUCCUCUGCAAGAAGGAGCUCGAUGAUCUCCAGGCCCAGCACGACCGCUCCCGCUUCAAAGUCUACUACGUUCUCAACAACCCCCCUGCCAACUGGAAUGGCGGAGUCGGGUUUGUCUCCAAGGACCAGAUUGCUGAGCACUUACCCGGUCCCGAGUUGCACUCUAAAGUACUCAUGUGUGGCCCCCCUCCCAUGAUCACUGCUAUGAAGAAACACCUCGAUGAACUUAAAUACCCCGCUCCUCGCACUGUCAGCAAACUUGUCGAUCAGGUGUUUGUCUUUUAGACAUAGAAAAUUAGAGUAAUAAUUGCAUAUGUACUCCGGUCGCGGUCAGCGAGUCGGGAUGCUUUGAAAUUGAUUAUCAAACGAUCACGAGCACCUUGAGUAAUGAAAUCGUGACAACUUGAUAUUUAACCCUCAAAAUUAUUGUCAAUCAUCAUCAUCCUCCUCUCAAAUGUCUCCUACACUAUACACUUUUGGCGGUUCUGUCUGGUCUGCCGCCCCCGAACUCGCCGUGUAAGAAUUACUUUGGCCCUGUCAAAGGCGCGUAACUAAUUGACAACCCACAGCGCCGAACUAUACCUAGCCGACGCCAUCGCCACAAAGACAAUCAACCU